AUGAAGUUACUAAGUCAAAAGGAGUCAUCGCAAAAUAAAGAUGGCGCUGUUCUUCAAGUACAGCCUGAGGACAAGGAGGAUCUUUUCACGAUAUAUCAGCUUGUCGAUGCAGAUGAUGAAUUGAUCUUUAAAAAGCUGUUCACCUCUACAAUUGACGUUGACAAAAAGAAGAAGUCGACUAAUUUGGUAAAGCUGAGAAUAAAAGUACUCUCAAAUGAGUUUGAUAUGAGAGAUGAAUUUUUGAGAUACAAGGGGGUCACGGUGGAGGAUGACACUGGUAGGGCCAAUGUCAACAUUCCCGCAGGCAAAUUUAUCAGCUAUACCAUUACCUAUGCCUUUCCAAUUACGAUAAUAAAACAGAAUUUUGAUAGCUAUGCGAGAAAGAUACUCAAGGAAGCGUGUAACCCAGAAGCUAAAGCAGAUACUGCAGCUGUAGUCUUGCAGGAGGGCGUUGCACACGUCUGUGUUCUGACAGCUUCUUCGACAAUUUUAAAGCAAAAAAUUGAAUACAGUCUUCCCAAGAAGAAGACGUCAACAGAUGUGAUGAAGUUUGAUGAAAAGACUGAGAAGUUUUACAAAGCCAUUUAUGAGGCAAUGAAAAAGAAUUUCGAUUUUGGAAAGCUGAGAAUGAUUCUGCUGUGUUCUCCUGGGUUUUAUGCCAGAACUCUGUUGGAAAAGGUGACUGCAUAUGCUGGUGAAGAGAACAACAGUGACAUAUUGGGCAGAAGUGAUAUGUUCUUAGUAGCUCACUGUUCCACAGGGUAUUUGCAAGGUAUCACAGAGGUUUUGAAAGACCCAGUUUACUCUAGUCAGUUCAAUGAUACAAAGUAUUCGAGGGAGGCCCAUAUCAUGGACGAGUUUAUGAUGCAUCUAAACGAUGAUGAUUUUAAGGCAUGGUAUGGUGAGGCAGAGGUUAUGAAGGCCGCUGAUUUGGGUGCUAUUCAGUAUUUGCUAAUCACAGACUUGGUUGCUCGUUCACCUGACUUGACUCAAAGAAAGAAAUACUUAACACUGAUGAAUUCGGUUGAGAGAAAUGGGGGUAAAGCGAUAGUAUUCAGUUCUUUGCAUAUUACAGGUGAAGAGCUCGACAACUUAACUGGCCUGGCUUGUAUCCUAAAAUAUCCACUACCUGAUCUAGACGAAGGAUUUGAGGAUGAAGGUGACAGCGACGAGUAA